AAGUACUAUAAGCACAACUUAAACAUGAUUUUGAAACGAUAUAAUGUACGACCAGCUGCCUACCGUAUAUAUAACAAAUACCAUUCAAUGAGGGGUUUCAGGAGGCGCAGGACGAAAGCGUUUAAAUUGCAAAAAAUCUUAAAUCAUCUUUUGAGUAAGGAGGGCAAUUUGAUUAACAGGAUCCGAAUGAUGUCCAAGCAUAAGACCCGGGCCAUUUUGGCUGAAUCCAUUAAAUUGAUACAGCGACAAAAUCGUGAACUUCAAACAAAUUAUCUGCAAGUUGAAAAGAAUGAAAAAAGGCUGAAGAAACUAUUACGAAAAUUAAACCAUCAUAAAAAACACAGUUUAUUUCUCAAAAAAAUGUUAAGCAAUUUGAAAAUGCAAAUUAAUGAUCACGAUUGCAGUCAAACAACUAAACUUAAUAUUGGAGAAAUGUUAAGGUCUCAAUUCAAAUUAAUGAAAAAUCGAUCCAUAGGCAACAUAAAAGAAGCCCAAGAAUAUAUUCAUGUUGUAAGGAGUUUAUGGGCAAGCCAUUUACGAUAUAUGAGAAGAAGUAGGUCUUGGAGACGCAAACCAAAAUAUACUUUUAAUAAAUCCAUAUGGAUGUUCUUAAACUCACUAAAAUCUCAAACGAAUGUCAAAACAACAAAGGAUACGUACGACAACAAAAACGUUUCGCAUUCAAAAGGACCCUACACGGUGACAAAAAAAUUUAAAUUAUUCGCUUCGGGAGACGAUCUCAACGUAAAGUCAAGUAAAAAACAUAUUCAAAAACGCAUUGCGCGGCCAAAACAAUUAAACUCAAUAAACUUAGAUUUUUUGAAAGAUCCAUAUGAAGAUUCUCAAAAAAGAAGCACUCAUAACUUAUCGGCAUCGAGGCUAAAGGUUAAAGUUUAUCCACGAAAAAAGAUCGAAACACACAAUACAGCGGAUGGAGAAAUUUCCCCUGACACAGAUUUAAAACAACCGAAAAUAGCAUUUGGCGAAAAAACAUUAAAUAAAGACGAAAAACAGGAGGGAACCUGGAGGAGACCGCAUUAUAUCGACUCAAAAAUAAUUAUAGGUAGAGACCUAAAGAGGUCGAAAAAAAGAAAAGCCUCAGAAUUGAAAAAGAAAUUCGCGUUAAAGAAUACAUUUCCAAAUUUGAAAAUGCGUCUUGGAAAGCUUAGAAGAGUUCGAAAAAACAAUGCUGCGAUUGAAGACGAGUCCUUGGAAAAGGAUACAUUUGCAAAUUUGAAACAGCGACUUGGAAAAAUGCGACACAGAAGAGUCCGAAAAAACUCUUCAGCGAUUGAAGGCGUAUCCUUGGAAAAAGAUACAUUUCCAACUAUGAAAAUGCGACUUGGAAAGCACAGAAAACUGCGAAAAGACUAUGCAGCGAUUGAAGACGAGAAAGAAAAGAAUACUUUUCCAAAUUUGGAAGAGCCGCAUGGAAAGCACAGAAGGGUCCGAAAAAACAAUGCAGCGAUUGAAGACGAGUUCUUGCAAAAGGAUACAUUUUCAAAUUUGGAAAAUCCGCAUGGAAAGCACAGAAGAGUCAGAAAAAACAAUGCAGCGAUUGAAGACGAGUUUUUGCAAAAGAAUACAUUUCCAAAUUUGGAAAAGGCGCAUGGAAAGCACAGAAGAGUCCGAAAAAACCAUACAGAAGGAGAAAACGGUUCAUUGCAAAAUGUUCAAUCAGAAGAAAGAGAGGAGAGUCAGGCAAAGAAUGAUCUUGAUAGGUUUUCAAAAUCUUCAACCAUUAAAAAAAUACAACAUUUCUCGACAUACGAAAAAUUGAAAUCUGCUUAUCGAACGGAAAGUUUAAAACCAACGAGACAUAGUUCAGUUUUCAAUAAAAAAGAUAAAUCCGAAGAAAGCCUAGCCAAGCAGAAGUCUGUAUCAAAAUAUAUCGACAUAAAAACCAACUUGAAUUCAUCUCAUUUAUCUCAAACAAGCUCCUUUUCAGUAGGAAAACUGAAAGUGAAUUCCGGACUUUUGCCAAAAUCCUCUGUGAGAUCACUGGAUGACUCGCAACCACCCUUGUCAUCAAUGGCUACAACGAUUAUCAAUCUUUUGUUCGAAGAUAGGCCAAUAGCUUCGGAUAAACCAAGAACACAUCAAAAAACAAUAGACUUUACAAAAAUGUCAUUAAACACUUUUUUGGGAACGAUUUCUAGGAUGAAGCCCUCGGAUCAGGCAAAUGCUGUGUGGAACGAUUUGCAGGGGAAAUAUAGAGAGUGGUUUUCCAAUGUUAUAAUGCCCGAGGAUGCUCAGAAAUGCAAGAAAAUUCUCAAGUGGCGCUAUAUUCACAAUAUGCAAAAGGUCUUACACAAUCAUGUCAAGCAGUUUAAGAUUGAUUAUGACGGUGGGCGAUCAGAAACAGGUUCCAGAAAAUCUAUAAUGUCAAGUAGGGCAUUUCGAUCCAGUUACAUAGUACCAACCAGCAAUGGAUCACUAGGAGUUCCCAAAAAGGCAUCUAGCACAGACAUUUCCCCGAUCAGACGAAUGCACGACACCCUACUGCGAUUGCAAAUGGAUACGUUGAGGUCAAGGGCCUUUGACAAGAAUGUGGAGGAAAUGGAGCGCAUGAUCAUGGGUAGACAGGUACCCAUGAGUGCGGAAGAAAUGGAAAUAUAUAAGAAAUAUAAAUCUGAUCCUCAGCACUACAACAUACUGAUACUAACGUCGGGUAAACCCAUUACGGAUGAGAAGUAUGAGGAAAUGUUGCCGAUUCUGGAGAAAAAUUUUCAGUUUAUAAACGAACAAUUAAUGAUACUUUCCAGGGAAAAGCGGGUUCAGGAAAUGAAAUUCAGAAACGAGAUACAAAAAGCGGAAGAAGAAGUAGUGUCAAAAGUUUCCGCCGAAAGCUGCCAUAUGGAUCGCACAGAUUUAAAUGAAGCAUAUCUGGAGGCAAGAAGAAAAAUUUGGGCAGCCUACAUUGCCAAACAGGACAAGACUCCUACCGAGAUUCUAUUAGCCCAAGUCCGCUAUAAGAAACGAAUGGAUCAGCUGGCCAGAAAACGGGAGGAGCGCGAGCAGCGAAUCCUGCAGGAGCAGCGGCUUCACAAGAAGAGAAGACCACUUAGUGAUCUAUUUCGAGCUCCAAGACGAACGAACCGCGAGCGACAAGCCAUCGAGGACAUCAAGGACAAGCUGGAGGGCAGGAAAUCGAAAUGCUCGCUAACAUCAUUUUGUUGCCGACAGUGCAGCAGGUGCGGCUUGAUCUGGUCAGAGAAAUGUUCCGAAGAAUCCAACGAUACUUCAGAAGCGCACAUCUGUCAAAAUGUAAAAGCAAGUUAGGUAUUAGGAUUUGAAAAAAAUCCUUGGGAAAGUCUUAUUUUUGGUGGUGGUACAGAAAUCUCCUUCCAUCAAAUUCUAACAAAAAGUUUGUAUGAAUUUGGUAGAAAGCGAUUUUUAUA